UGGUGUCACGUAUGGCGCGUGUCAUUGGUGGAAGGCAAUCGUUCGAUUUAGUGCGGCUACCUAGGCUAGGGGGAGCGUUGUAAUAAAAUCCGUUCGCUGUUGGCGCGCGCUCGGAGUCGUCGGAUGGAUAAGGCUGCACAGCGGAGAGCGCGCAAGGCGGCGGCAGCGCGUGCUCGCAGACAGAAUCCCGAUGUGCGAGCCCGCGAGGCAGAAGCGCGCCGUGAAGCUGCGCGACGCCACCGCCAAGAUCCUGCCGUACGAGAGCGGGAGGCCCAAGCGGCACGGCAGUGGCGUGAGGACCCUGCCGUACGAGAGCGGGAGGCCCAAGCGGCACGGCAGCGGCGCGAGGACCCUGCCGUACGAGAGCGGGAGGCCGAAGCGUGUCGUCUGGCUGCGCGACGACGCCGCCAAGAUCCCAGCGUUCGAGAACGAGAGGCCCAAGUGUCACGGCAACGGCGCGAGGACCCUGCCGUACGCGAAGCGGCACGGCUGCGGCGCGAAGAGGAUCUCCAAAAUGUCAGAGAACGGGAAGCGGUGAGAAAGCGCGCGUAUCGGCAGGCAGACCCCGAUGCAGUGAGAGCUGAUGAGGCGUCUGCAAAACGCAUCAGGCGAGCUCAGCCCGAAGGUGCCGAUGCGCGGUUUAAGCGAGACUUUCUAGACGUUACGUUCGGACACAGUUGCAGUGUGUGCGACAGAUUGUGGUUCUCAAACUGUCUAGUCACAAUAUCUUCCAUCAAGAACGACCAGGCUCGCGCCAAUGCCAUCGCCGUGCUGCAGCGCGAGUUCCCCGCCGGCAGCGGUGAGUACAAGGUUUGCGCGAGCUGCAAGGAUUCGCUAGUGGCGGGAAAGGUGCCUCCAAUGAGCGUAUCCUAUGGCUACACGUACCCACCCAAACCGGAUCACUUGCCUCCUCUGAACCCCGUGGAAGAACGACUGAUCGCUCCUCGUUUGCCGUUCAUGAGCAUAAGGCGGUUGACACACGGGAGCGGUCAGUGCGGCAUCAAGGGGCAAGUGGUUAACGUUCCGAUAAACGUCCCCAACACGGUUCAAUGCCUACCUCGGAACGUUCCGGACGAUGUGGCCAUCGACGUUCAUCUCAAGCGCCGGCUCGUAUGCAAAGCGUCGUAUAAGAAAGGUCUCGUUAAGAAACGUAACAUCCACGAGUGGCUCAAACACUUCGAGCAUUCUCCGGUAUACAAGUACCUCAAAAUCAAAAUUGAUUGGAGCCGCCUCGCGAACGUGCAAGACGACGGUGACGUGGACGACGACGAGAUCGAGCCGGCGCCGGAGGUUACCGACCUGGAAGAACCUAUGCAGGCGGCGAUUGCACUCAACACAAUGGCGCAUACCUUGAUUUUUGACGACGGAGCCUGCGUCAUCACUAACUGCGUCAACAGCGGCGGCGACGCUGCGGCGGCAACGACCGCGGCGGAAUCUGCGGCGGGAAAGGCGGCGCAUUCUCCAGCUGAUGAACUAGGUCUAAUCGAAGGUACGUACAGUCUCCACGUGGCACCCGGGGAAGGGCAGACUCCCAUCUCUCUGCUCUUUGACGAGUAGGCC